AUGCCAAAGCAAAAGAGGUACAAGAAUCUACUUAAAGCAGCAGCCGCAGUUGCAAAUUCUUCACAAGACAAGUCCACAGCAGCUGCAAAUACAUCACAAGUCAAGUCUGCAGCAGCUGCAAAUUCCUCUCGGGACAAGUCGGCAGCUUCAAAUUCCUCCCGGGAUAAGUCAGCAGCUGCAAGUUUCUCUCGGGACAAGUCGGCAGCAGCUGCAAGUUCCUUUCGGGACAAGUCGGCAGCUUCAAGUUCCUCUAAAGACAAGUCGGCAGCAGCUGCAAGUUCCUCCCGGGACAAGUCGGCAGCUUCAAAUUCUUCUGAGCCAUCAUCAGUUGCUGCAACUAUAUCUGAGCAUCCAUCCGAACCUAAACGUAAACGUGGACGUGAAUCUAAACAUUAUUGGACUGUUGAUGCCAUAGAUGAAUACGGAGAUAGUACACGUCUUCAUUUAUUAGUGAAGGAUGUGCAUAAUUUGCCAGAAGGUUUGCGCAUAGUUGUCAAUUUUGAUAAAGAUUAUGCAGCAAUAGGAGAAGCAGCUGGACUCCUUGCAGGAGUUUGUGGGCAAUUGGCCACUGAUUGUGUUGCAUUUCCAAUUAGUUUUGACAAGUGGUCAGACAUUCCAACAAGCUUUUUUGAAAAUCAAUGGAAUAUUUUUUUCCUAGCUCGAUUUUGCUUCAAAGUGAGUGAUAACUUGGCCAAACGAUUUUUGCUCCAAUCGCUUGGCAAAAAAUGGAGGGAACAUAGGAUAAAGCUUUGGAAUGAUUUUUAUGAUCCGAGGUUGAGUAAAACCGAGAUCAUAAAUAAUGCACCAGAAGAUAUUGCUCCUGAUCAAUGGGCUUUAUUCGUAGAAUAUCGUUUGAAGCCUGAAACUCAGAAACUUUGUAAGAGGAAUCAAGAAAUUCGGCAAAAACAAAUAAUUCCUCAUACUUCAGGUGCUAAAUCAAUUGCAAGAAGAAGGGCUGAAUUGGAGAAGAUUGAAGCACAUAGCAGCCAACAACCGAUGGAAUUAACUGUUAAUUCUCCUCUUGAUGCUCUUGGAGUAGUUUUUGGGAAAGAGCACCCUGGCCGUGUUCGAGGUUUAGGUAUGGGAGCUGUUCCAACAAUUGCUUUCAAGAACAACACCACAAGGAUUAGUCAAAUGAAUUUAGAUUCUUCAAAUGAUGUUGGCACAUCAUCUACUUGUGGUCUAAAUGUGCAAGAGGAGUUUGAUACUGUUAAAGCGCAAUUGCAAGCGCUAGUAUCCUAUAUUGCUUCUAAGGAAGGAGGUAGAAUUCCAAUACAAUUGGCUGGAAUGUUCCCUACUCAACAAGUUUCACAGGGAUUGGAUCAGGAGAGUGAGAUUCCAUCACCAAAAGAGUUAGGAAGUAGGUCUUCUGGAGCAAGCAACAAGGAAAUCAUGGACCAAAUGUCGUCUCGUGGAUCCGAACGAGGUGUUCAGAGAGGAAAUCCCGUGGUUGAACCAAUGCAAGGACGUCCAGGUGGAAACCCUAGUGCUAGUACAAGUAACGUAAGUCGAUACUAUAGGUCUAUGACCCUUACUGACUUCCUCAAGAGUGGUCCACCUCGGUUUAACGGAAACGCCAAUGCCCUGGAGGCUGAUCAGUGGUUUCGAGAAGUGGAGAGGUUUUUGUACACUCAGCAUGUUCCUGAGGUGGAGUUAACGGAUGUCUCUUGGCAUGGAUUCAAGACAGAGUUUUAUGGGAGAUAUUUCUUGCAUGCGUUUCGCAUUGCAAAGGAAUUGGAGUUAAUGCAGCUGAAGCAAAAGGAUAUGUCCGUUGCCAACUAUACCCGUGAAUUCGACAACCUGUGCCGUUUCUCAAAAACUUGUCAAGGAAAUCCAGCUGAUUAUGAGAAUGGAAGUGUGCUCAGUAUGAGAAAGGACUAA